AUGUCGACUGUUCCUAAAGCCGUCAGCCAGGUUUCUGAAAACCCAGGCAAGAACGCCGUCGUUCACGCUGUUGAUCCCAAUCAGAAGGCUGCCGACGUUGACCGUCAGAUGCGCUUCUUCGGUAUCAUCCAGGCUUUCCGUGAGGGUCGAUUCCCUGACAACCAGCAGAUUGACGACACUCUUAAGUACACCCUCGCCAACAGCCCUGUCGACACCGACAGGCUCUCGCCCGACGGCAAGAAGCUCAUCCAGGACAUUCGCGAGCUCAUCGAGACUGCCCGUCAGGUCGUUUUGAACAAGAACGGCGGCGAGGAGUUCCAAAACUUCCUCUACGCCACUCGCAAGACCAACGUGGCCGCCAACCUCAAUGUCAACGCUCCCAUCGCCGCCGCCGACGUCAAGAAGGAUGGUGAGACUGCUGGUGAGGCUUUCCGCACCCUUCUCACCCUCUUCCUCCGCAACGGUGAGCUCCGCAAAAUCAUCCAGGACCUUGGUUACAUCGGACGCGACAUGUUUGCCGACGGUGCUGCUAAGGCCGCCGAGGUCGCUCGCCCUGAGGACGGAAAGCUUCAGAGGGUCGACCAGCCCACUCCUGAUAACGAGUUCCACGACGACAUCCCCGACCUUUUCAAGAAGAAGGAGGAGACCAAGGCUCAUGCUCAGGAGAAGGCUGAGCAGGCCAAGGCCCAGGGUUCUUCUCACGCCCGGGACCUCCAGAACUCUGUUGAACCUAACGCUAGCAAAGAGGAGAACCAGGCUGCCGUUGCUGAGCAGGCCAAGAACAAGGCUCAGCUCUUCGCUGACAAGAUCCCCCAGAAGCACAAGGAUCUCGCCAAGGAGCACAAGGACAAGGCUCAGGGCUACCUCAAGGACAAAUUCCCUCAGGAGCGUCGUGACCAGUUCUACUACCGUCUCAAGAAAGUCGUUGUCGAGUGCCAGCGUCACAGGGACUACCAAGACGCCAUGGACUACUUCCUCACCUUUUUCGAGCAGUACAAGGGCCACGCCUCGCACGUCGCUACCCAGUCUACCCAGGCUGCUAAAAACGUUCGCUCGGACGGCAACGUCGCCACCGCCGAGACAUCGUUCCGUCGGCUCAUUGAGCGCUUCGCCAACGGUGCUCCCACCCAGCCCAUCAUUGACGCUGUUGACCAGCUCUACACUGAUGCCCAGAACGACCCCGAGCUCAGGCAGUGGUUCCAGCGUCUCAACACCUACAUCCGCAAGUGUCUCCAAGAGCCUGGUUUCAUCAUGAAGGAUGAAGCCAACACUGAGGCUCGUCAGAUCACCGAGUCCGGCAAGAAGUUCUUCGUUGCUGCUGAUGGCCGUCCUCAGGGCAAGUACGUUCCCCACAAGGAUGCUCUCUUCCAGGAGAUCACCCACUUUGCCAAGUCGAUGGGCACCGACCCUCUCAACAAGAAGCUCGGUGACAACAUCCAGCAGAUUGUCAAGGACCUCUUCCUCAACUCGGAAGGUGGUCUUACCUUCAAGCCUCACCUCUGGAGCGACAUUCGUGAUCCCAUCCUCCCCGAAUUACUCAGCCACGUCGGUCUCGUUCCUUUGCCCCGUAUCGAGUACACCGACAAGCAGGUCGACUUGGUCAUCGAGAACCUCGCCAUCGACUUGCUCAACAUCUUGCCCUCGCAGACCGAGAUGGACGUUCGCAACCACUUUAAGCUCUCGCAGUUUGACAAGCUUGGCGACCGCCACCAGCACUCGUUCAAGCUCACCUUGCACCAAAUCCAGACCGACAUGCGCGACGUCCAUUUCUUCUUCAACAAGAAGCUUGGCUUCCCCAAGCUCAAGGAGCGCGGUACCGCCGACAUCUUCCUCGGUGGUAAGGGUCUCACUGUCACCGUUCACCUCGAGGCUGAGAAUGCUCCUCGCGGCAAGAAGAGCCGCCACAUCUUCACCGUCAAGCAGGUCGUUGCCAAGGUUGACAAGCUCAAGUUUGCCAUCCGCGACAGCAAGCACGACACGCUCAUCAAGGUGAUCAAGCCCCUCGCCACCGGUAUCAUUAAAAAACAGAUCUCCAAGGCUGCCGAGCAGGGUAUCCGUGAUGGUCUCGAGGACCUCGACCGUCAGCUCGUUGAGCUCCGUGACCGCAUCGAGCGCAACAAGGCUCUCGAGGGCAAGAGCGUCACUGACUCCUUCAAGGAGACCUUCGCCAAGAACACCGACGACGAGAAGAAGACCAGCGACGGUACCUUUAAGCUUGCCACCUCGAAGCGUAACUCGAUCCUCCCCAACCUCGGUCACCCCGAUGGCUGGAUCCAGAAGGUUGACGAGCGCGAGUCUGCUGCCAAGGCUACUCCCGCUCACGCCAACAAGGACUGGUACUCGCCUGCCUUUACCAUUGUGCAGCCCGGUCAGAAGGACCCUCGCAACACCGCCUCGGCCAAGACCCAGAACCUUGGCCCUUCGCCUAACAACCCCGGUGCUCGUGCUGGUGUUGGCGCUGGUGCUGCUGCUGGUGCUGCUGGUGCUGCCGGUGCUGGUAGCGUCUCGAACGCUGCUGCCCACGGUGUCGGCCAGCCCGGUCAGAAGGACCCUCGCAACACCGCCUCGGUCAAGACCCAGAACCUUGGCCCUUCGCCUAACAACCCCGGUGCUCGUGCUGGUGUUGGCGCUGGUGCUGCUGCUGGUGCUGCUGGUGCUGCCGGUGCUGGUAGCGUCUCGAACGCUGCUGCCCACGGUGUCGGCCAGCCCGGUCAGAAGGACCCUCGCAACACCGCCUCGGUCAAGACCCAGAACCUUGGCCCUUCGCCUAACAACCCCGGUGCUCAUGCUGGUGUUGGCGCUGGUGCUGCUGGUGCUGGUGCUGGUGCUGCCGGUACUGGUAGCGUCUCGAACGCUGCUGCCCACGGUGUCGGCCAGCCCGGUGGAACUUCCAGUGCUUAUUCGACUGCCAAUGGUUCGCACGCUCCUCCUGGUUCCGUCGCUGCUGGUACUGGCGCCACUGCCGUUCCGCACGGCAACGGGCUUGCUGGCUCGAACGUCGAGGACUCGGCGUUUGCCAAGCCCGCACCUGCGAUCGACGGUGCUGCUCACAUCUCGGAGCGAGCACAGCCUGUGAACCCUGCUUUCGAGCAGGGUCGCAUCCGCUAA